GGGGUGGCGGCUAAAACUCCAAACCUAGGUUUUCUUUCACAGGGAGAGAGAGCUAGGGUAUCUAAGAUAGGGUAAUUGUUCUACUACAUAACAGAUGGAUUAGUACAAUCUCUAAGGGGAGAGACGUUCAAAAUACCAACACGCAUCCUUAGUUUAGAAAUUACUAAAGAAUAAUACAACACAUCCUUAGGUAAAAUUAGUAUAAUUAAGUAAUUAAAUAAAAGGUUAUAUAUAUGAUUGUAGAUGAGAAGCAUGAAAUGUAUUUAUUUAUUAAUUCAUUUUAUUUCUAGGUGCUAACUUUGAAAAAAAUGGAUGAACGUAUGUUGAGAAGAAUUUGUCAGUGUCUUGAGCCCAGGGAAUUUGAUGACUAUUCUAUCAUCAUUGAAAAGGGUAAACCACUUGAAAUGAUGCUAUUCAUUGUGGAGGGAAAUGUAAGCAUUGAAAAGAGGAAUGGUUCUUCUCCUUCUAGUAAUAAUUUGCAGCAACUACCUCGAGGUGCCGGAGAAUUAUGUGGAGAAGAACUUCUACGUUGGCCAUUGUCGACCUCAUAUCAUCUGGGCGCAUUACUCUUGGCAACCGAGUCUGCUAAGGCAAUAGGUCAUGUUCAAGCCCUUGUUCUCAAGGCUAUAGACUUGCGGGGAGUGGUCGAUACGGACUAUUUCGUUGGGAUGAUGUGUAGAACAUUUAGUGCAAAAGAACUUGAGAAGGCAACAGACAACUACCAUCCAAGUAGAAUCAUUCAUAAAGAAUUGAACUUUGCAACCUUUUACAAAGGGGUACUGCCCAUGCCAGAUGAUGAUAAAACAGUGGUUGCGGUAAAGAAAUACGCAAAGGACUCAUUGCCUACAUGGGAUGUAGCUGUUGAGGCGGCUGUUGCUUCUCAGACCAACCACAUAAAUGUGGUGAGGUUCUUAGGUGGUUGUGUGGAAGAAGAAAAAGAACCCGCACUGGUUUUUGAGUACAUUCCCAAUGGCACCCUUUUUGAGCACAUUCAUAAAGAAGAAGCAGCAGGCAGCUUUGAAGGAUCAUCAUCGUCACCAACUGCUCUACUUUCAUUGGAGUUACGACUCAAGAUAGCGUCAGAAACAGCUGGAGCACUAGCUUACUUACACUCACUCACUCCGCCAAUCACACACCUAUUUUUGUCAACAAAACACAUACUAUUGGAUGAACAUUACACCGCAAAGUUGUCUGCCAUUGGACGUUCAAUAACACAUUAUUAUUUGAUCAAAAUUCCAGAGCAAGGAUACUUCGACCCUUAUUUUGAAAGAGACGGACCGGUAGAAAAGAGUGACGUCUAUAGCUUUGGAGUUGUCCUAGCGGAACUACUAACAAGUCAAAAGCCAGAGGGUUGCUUAGACCAAAUUCUUCGCGCUCAAAUAACAGUCAAUGAAGCAACUUCUGAGACGGCCAAAGAGGUGGCGGAUCUUGCAGAAAGAUGUUUAAGUUUCACAAGGAAGGAAAGGCCUUCCAUGGAGCGAGUAGCCUGGGAGCUUGAGAGAUUGCGCGAGAUUAUGGCAAAGUAUUAA